AUAAACUUCAUAUAAUCUGUUCCUUUCUCCUCUCUUUGCUUCCCUCCGAUCCCCCUGUUUUUUACUUUUUGUCCUCCCUCUCUUCUUCUUUUAUCAUUCCACUUAGGUAAAAACCUUUURUCUGUAACCACUCAGUUGAUGAUUGUUGAUGCCUGAUGGUAGUUCAACAGUUARAGUCGUAAGUACAAUACAAAUUAACGCCUGGAACAUCUACCUGUAAUCAGACAGUGAUUGUGUCUUUCAGCCAAAGCCAAAGCCAACCUGCAUGUUCUGGGAUUUUACCAUGAAAAAUGGUUCAGGUGGCUGGAACAGUAAAGGCUGCAGGGUUAGUCCCAUGUCCAAUGGAAACAAGACUAUCUGCCUCUGUGACCAUCUCACUCACUUUGGCAUCCUAAUGGAUAUCUCUGGAUCUGCUGAACAUAUUGAUGAGAAAAACACCAAGAUUCUUACCUUCAUCACCUACAUCGGAUGUGGCAUAUCGGCCAUCUUCUCUGCUGUAACGCUUCUAACUUAUAUUGCCUUUGAGAAGUUGCGUCGUGACUACCCUUCCAAGAUCCUGAUGAACCUGAGCACGUCACUGCUCUUCCUCAACAUGUUGUUCCUAUUGGAUGGCUGGCUGGCCUCCUUUGAAAUGGAGGGCCUGUGUGUGGCUGUGGCUGUCUUCCUCCACUUCUUCCUGCUCACAUCCUUCACCUGGAUGGGCCUCGAGUCCAUCCACAUGUACAUCGCCCUGGUCAAAGUUUUCAACACCUACAUCCGGAGAUACAUUCUCAAGUUCUGCAUCGUCGGCUGGGGUCUGCCUGCUGCGAUAGUUGCUACAGUGGUAGCUAUUGACAAAAACUCCUAUGGGAAAAUGGAGUAUGGAAAGGGGGAGACUGGACAAGGCUCUUCUGAAUUCUGUUGGAUCCGGAGCCAGGUGGUGUUCUAUGUGACGUGUGUGGGCUACUUCUCUGUCAUCUUCCUCCUGAACGUCGCCAUGUUYAUCGUGGUUAUGAUCCAGAUCUGCGGUCGUAACGGGAAGCGCAGCAACCGCACGCUGCGUGAGGAGGUGCUGAGGAACCUGAGGAGCGUCAUCAGUCUCACCUUCCUCCUGGGCAUGACCUGGGGCUUCGCCUUCUUCGCCUGGGGACCCGUCAACCUGGCCUUCAUGUACCUCUUCUCCAUCUUCAACUCACUGCAAGGUUUAUUCAUCUUCAUAUUCCACUGUGCACUGAAAGAGAAUGUCCAGAAACAGUGGAGGAGAUACUUGUGCUGUGGCAGAUUCCGCCUGGCAGACAACUCAGACUGGAGCAAGACGGCCACUAACAACACCAAGAAGGUCAGCUCAGACACGGUGGGGAAGUCCCUGUCCUCCAGCUCUUUUGGCUCCAGUACAGCAAACUGGACUUCCAAGGCCAAAGCAACUCUAAACCCCUUUGCAAAGCGCAACAGUAAUGCAGGUAAAGGUUACUCCAACCAGACCAAUCCUAAAAGUCUCUCCUUGGAUGGUGAGGCCUCCUCUUCCUCCUCCUCCAUCAUCCCAGUGCACCAAGUCAUUGACAAGGUCAAAGGUUACUGCUCGGCGCGCUCUGACAACUUCUACAAGAACAUCAUCAUGUCGGACAGCUUCAGCCACAGCACCAAGUUCUAGCCCACCCAGCACUUCUCUUCMUCCUCCUGCUUUUUCUGCUAGCCCCUAACCAGUGGUGAUCUCCCCAGUCCACAGUGUCACCCCAGGGUUGUAGCUUCCAGAGCAACAGGGCUGUAUUGUUUUUACUGUACAAUAUUUGACUUAAUCAGCUGGUCCAGUCAGUGAGAUGUACUGAAAAGGGAAGUGAGGAAAUGCAUAGUUCUGUAGAAAAGGGAAGGGCUAAGCGGAGAAUGGAGUUUGGGAUUUACAUACUGUGACAUUAAUCUUUAACUGGCUAUGUGUUGUGUAAAUAUUUAUGGCAUAUCUAAUACGCCCCCUAUAAUUGAUUCUCAGUUGGUGUUGCACAUGCCUUGGGUUUUCAGUAGGGUCACCUCUCCUGUACAGAAAUAUCAACAAUCUUAACUGUUCUGUUCUCAUUCUGCAAUCUGUAGAAAUCCAGUAUGAGCAACAGGGAAGCAAAAUCCUCCAAUCUGGACCAAAUAUUCAGGCUUAGGCCUAUAUUUCAAACCCAAAGACUACCAAACAUGAGGGAGUUUUUAAAAGCUGUAGCGUUGUCAAUGUGUGCUCAAAAGGAACAGGUUGAGGUGUAGUUCUGGUUUUAGUCAUCUAUUUGUGAAUCCUGUGUGUGUUUAUUUGCUGGAAAGAAAUGUUAUGUUCCUUUACAGUGCCUCGCAUGAGGAGGUUUUGCAUAAAGUACUUUAUCUUGGUCAGCCUACCAACAUCAUCAUCAAGACUAUGUUAUAUUUGUCAUGUAUAUAUUUUUUAAACCUUCAGAUGCUCUACUACUGAAUAACACAUGCAGAAAUGGAUGUCUGGUAUUGGUCCAUUCACUACUACUUCAUUUUGGUCACUUCGAUUUAGGACAACCUCUGUGGGUGAUCUAUGUUUAAAGUGUCAUUUAGUCUGACUCUUCUAUGGAUAGAGGUUACCAGAGCCAUGUAUUCACAAUAAAUAUAUGUCUGUAGAGGUUACUAAACCCGCAGCCAUUAAACUUACAUUUGGUAAGAUAGUUUCAUAAACAUUCCACAUUGAAUUAUUCCACAAUACAGCAACUCACAACAGACUGUAAUGAUUGAAAAGGGACGACAAACACUGGCAUUAUUUGUUCAUCCACGUUCAUGCCAACAUUUUAAAAUGGCAACAUGUUAAUCUGCUCUUCAGUGUUGCUUUAGUUCACUUAAUAUGGUAGUCGUAUUGUCCCACCAAUAGGGGAACUGAAUAUAUUGCAUUGUGUUAAAUGUUGCUGUGUGAGCUAUUGUUGUUUGUGUUUGUGAGCUAUUGUUGUUUGUGUUUGUGAGCUAUUGUUGUUUGUGUUUGUGAGCUAWUGUUGUUUGUGUUUGUGAAGCGAUGGAACAAUGUUGUUUAAAAGUGUCUUUAUAUUUAUUUCUAUAGAGCUUUUUGCAUUUGUUGUUCCUCUUGAAUCCCCAAUGCCAGUUGAUCAGGACUAUGCCCCUGGAUAGAUAGAUAGAUAUACUGUUUUUGGAAAGAUGUAACUUGGUGGGUUAACAAAGCAUCGCUCUUGACCUGGGCAGGCGAAUAGGGCCAGUUAUAUUUUGGAAGCAGUCAGUGUUCUCAACUGUUCUUUUCCAGCAUCAGGAAAAUAUUUGGAGCAUCAAUGAGAAAUUCCCUCAGGGGCCAAAUUUCAAGAGGUAAUGUGGUGUUGAACAGAUUUGGGGUCUUCAUUUCAAGAACGUGUGGGAAGGGAUUACAGUGGUUUGAGACCGUAAGAUGGAGUUCUCAUCUUUACAAUGAAUUGGAAAAUGACUGCUGGCAUCAUCUUUAUACAUAUUUGAAUAAGAUAUUCCAAAAUACACAUUUCCCAAUAUUCAAAAAAGUAGUUAUCAACCUUUAUCAAGUAAUGUUAUUUGUUAUAGGCUAUUAUUUAGAGAUGCACAUUGUUCUAUCAAUGCAGAGAGAAUCCAGACAUCAUUUUCUCUGAUUCAUUUGUACAUUUCCCUAAUAAUUAAAUCAUGUUUCCAGGACAAAGAGCUAGGAAAUUACGAUGGUUAGAUCCAAACCAAUAUUCUACUUAAGAUGUAUCACUGAUUUAAUAUGGAUGGUCUGGGUCUAUUUGACAACAUUCUCCAAACCCUGUUUAUUCGUUUUUCCACAACUUUUGUCAAUAAUAUAUUUUCUUGAAGCUGUCUCUGUAUGUCUCAACACCAUUGAUGAAUUGUGUUUCACCAAUAAAGGGAAUUAAAAGAA